AAUCUUGAGUGCCUUCUCUGCGAAAUACAGGAGCUGGCGGAGAGUCUAGAGAAAUGACAUUUUCUCGUUGACUAUCAAGAAGAUCAACAUAAUUUGAAUAUGGAUUAUAAUCCAUAUUCAAAUUGUCAAAGAAGAGAAAUAGAAGAGAUGACCAAGAAGAGAGACGAAAAUGAUUAAGAAGAGAGAUUGAAGUGUGAAAGAUCAGGAAUAUGUUUAAGAAAGAGAUAAAGGAGUGUGUUAAAUAAAUGGAAGAGAAGAGCUGAUGGCAUUCAUCACACUCAACCAAACGGACUUGACACUUAUCUAAACACAUUCAGAGCAAAUUAAUAUCCAUCCUAUCUAACCUAACAUGUAUUUAUUACAUUACACUAACCCAACGAUAAACUAACAAUAAUCACCAUCAAACAUCAAACCAAGCACAGCUCAAGACAUGUAUUUAUUACCUAACACUUAUCAAGGCAUCUACAUUUCAGAGGGAGCUGUAAAGGAGGGUACGAACCUUGACUUUGCAGAGAAGAAACCGGAAUUUAUUGAGAUGCUUGCAAGACUUGCAACCGUUGAUGCUCCGCAUCAAAACUGAACAAAGCUUCUGCGUUUCACCAUCACACAUAAACCCAGCACAAAUUAAAUACAAUCAAACAAAAACAAACAAAAUUAAAUCUUUUCGGACAACAUACGAAAGAGGAAUAAUUUUCACUGAUUCACUAAUAGAGAUUAACGUUUUAAAAUUAUGUAUAUAGCAUUUCCAUUGUGAUUCACUCACUUAAACUCUUAAACUCUGAUAAUUGAGAACACAAAAACAAAACAACAAAGAGAGAGACAGAUUCUUUACCUUUCGAUUCGAACAUGUUGUCUCAAUUCGUCUCAGUUGCAUGCGUAUUCCGGUCGCGAGCGAUAGAGAGAGAUAUAGAACCGAAAAAGACAAACCGAAACAAAGUCAGAGACAUACCUCUUCGAUUCGCAUGCAAAGCUUCUACCGCUUCGAUUCGCCAUUCGAUUCCGAAAACAGACUCUUCGGUUCGCAUGCAAAGCUUGUACCGCUUCAAUUCCCUUCUCGUAAUCCCAACACAAUCACAUGAUUCUGCCUUUUGAUUCAUAAAACGCCUCUUCGAUUCAUCUCCGACACAUGCGCAAAUCAGGAACGAGAGAUAGAGAGAGAGAGAGACAGAGCAUCGAAAAGGAGAGAAAAGAAGAACGCAUGGGUCUUUUUUUUCUUGCCCAUUCUCAUUACCACACGGCCCAAUAAACACUGCCACAUGCACCAUAAGGGACGUCUCUUUUAAUCCCACAUUAGGAGACGUUCCUUCUUAUAAUUGUCAUUUUUUAUUUUGUUUGAAUCAUAAUUUUCCUUAAGAUACCACCUUAGAUACAGGGUUAAUCCUGCUCUAAGGGGAUUUGAGAGGAUUCAUAGGUCUAAAGCCACGAUCAGAUAUCACAUCCAUAAUAACUUGAUCAACUGAGUCAGUGUACGAUUAUGUAACAUCCGUCGCCUAGAUGUAACAUAUUCAACGCACAUCAACAACAACUCACACGAGUAGCGGUGAAAUGACUCAUCUGUUUAGAUGAGAAAGAAAGCCAUGAUAAAUGGCAAUGUUAUAGCUUCCGAAGAAGAGAAAUUUGUGGUUGGUUUCUUUCGGUAUGAUAAGAUUCGCCGGUAAAGUGAACAACGACGUGUAUGUGUAAUGUUCAUACAUAACUACAUAAGUAAAUAUUUAUUAUUGUACGUAAACGGGGCCUGGCUAUUUAGUGAAGGAUUGUGUGGACUUGAUUAUUAGUUGGUGCCCUUUUAGAAGGGUUAUGGGUGUGACUGAUCGAUGAGGCAGAGUAGGACUCUACAAUUAAAGUUUGUUAGUUCACGUGUGACCCACUUGGUUUUUACUACCGACACAGCAUUCAUUUCCACGUCAUGAACUAUUUCAGCUCUACUCUGAUCAUACAUACAUCUUCACGUUUCAUGACGAACACUGAAACUAUGAUUGUCUUCAUCAUCUUCUUUUUCUCCUUCCUACAAUCUUGUGUCUGCGGUGAUAUGAUCAUGAGAAGACAUUCCUUGAGAGAUGGUGAUGUUAUAUUCUCUGAAAGGAAGAGAUUCGCCUUUGGAUUCUUCAGCUCUCCUCUUUCGAAGCUCCGAUAUGUCGGAAUUUGGUAUGCUGAAAUCUCUGAGCAGACUGUUGUAUGGGUUGCAAACAGAGACCGUCCCGUUAAUGAUAAAUCUGGUCUGAUAAAGUUCACCAGCAGAGGGAAUCUCUGCGUCUAUGCAUCAUCAGUUAAUGAAACAGAACCUGUCUGGUCAACUAACGUUUCAGAUAGUAUCUUGGAAGCAACUCUAGUUGCGAAACUCUCCGAUAUAGGGAUCCUUGUUCUGCUUGAUUUAGUCACAGGGAGAUGUUUCUGGGAGAGCUUUGAUCAUCCGACAGACACUUUUCUUCCGUUCAUGAGAUUGGGGUUCACACGAAAAGACGGCUUGAAUCGCGUUCUGACAUCUUGGAGAUCUCCUGGCGACCCAGGUUCAGGGAUCUUCACGUACCGGAUAAAACGUGUGGGAUUCCCGCAGCUGAUUCUGUAUAAAGGUCUGAUCCCUUGGUGGCGUGCGGGGACGUGGACCGGGCAGAAGUGGAGCGGAGUGCCUGGAAUGACAAGAGGAUAUAUCUUCAAUAGCUCGUUUGUUAAUAAUCAGGACGAAGUAUCGAUCACUUACGGUGUAACGGAUGCUUCAGUCAUAACUAGAAUGAUGGUGAAGGAGACGGGAAACAUGCAACGUUUCACAUGGAUUGCGAGGGACAAGAGAUGGAACGGUUUCUGGUCAGCUCCUAAAGAGGAUUGCGACUACUAUGCACACUGUGGCCUUAACGGUUACUGCGAUCCCACAAGUACGGAAGCGUUUGAGUGCACAUGCCUGCCUGGUUUUGAGCCAAAGAUGCCCCGGGAUUGGCUCUUGAGGGACACUUCGGGUGGGUGUACAAAGAAAAACUAUGCUUCAAUAUGCCGUGAGAAAGAAGGGUUUGUGAAGUUAAGGAGCGUGAAGAUUCCCGACACAUCAAAUGCAACUGUGGAUAUGAAGAUAACAUUAGAGGAGUGCGAGAAUAGGUGCUUGAGGAACUGCUCUUGUGUUGCGUACGCAAGCGCUUACCACGAGAGUGACAGAGGAGCAACUGGAUGCUUGACAUGGCACGGCGGCAUAUUAGAUACAAGGAUUUACGUGAACUCUGGACAAGAUUUCUACAUACGUGUAGACAGGGAAGAGAUGGUAGGGUGGAACAGAAAGGGCGCAUUAGGCAAGAUGAGAGCCGUCUUCAUUCUCAUCAGUUUGAUUGCAGCCGUAAUGUUACUGACAGUCGUUUUGUUCUGUUUCGUAAGGAACCGACGAAAUCAUCAUCAACAGCCUUCACCCGGGAAUCUUUUGAUUUAAAAGAUUCAUUCGGAUUGGAAGAGGACCAGGGGAGAGAAUGGGAGUUGCCUCUCUUUGAGCUUAACACAAUCGCUACAGCGACGAACAAUUUCGCUUUCUGUAACAAGCUUGGAGCAGGUGGUUUUGGACCCGUUUAUAAGGUAAGAAGAUGCGAAAUCCUUCUUACCAUACACAACAAAUCUUUAAGUUCAAUAAGUAGUAUACCAAAGGUCGUUAGCUCAAAGAACCGUGGUCACUGUUUCCGACAUCCCCGGUUCAAGUAACCAUUGAUAUAGAAUUAAUAAUACAUGUUAUGGUUUCGAAUCUAGGGAUUAUGGACUUUGGUCCGAACAUUUUAGUAAUAAUAAUAAUAAUAAUAAUAAUAAUGUGUACAAUGUUUUCUAAAGAAUAAAAAAUGUUCGACUCAGGGCGUGUUACAAAACGGUAUGGAGAUAGCAGUGAAGAGGCUGUCGAGAAAGUCAGGCCAAGGAAUGGAAGAGUUCAAGAACGAGGUCAAGUUGAUAUCAAAGUUGCAGCAUCGAAAUCUCGUGAGGAUCUUAGGGUGUUGCGUCGAACUGGAUGAGAAGAUGUUGAUAUACGAGUACUUACCAAACAAGAGCCUAGAUUAUUUCAUAUUCCGUACGUACGUUCAACAUUUUUCUGAUGCCUUCAAAUCUUCCAAUUCAUGAUCUUAUGGUGUUGCGUGUUUCCCCGUAGAUGAAGAGCAGAGAGCGGAGCUGGAUUGGCCAAAACGGAUGGUAAUAAUCCAGGGGAUUGCUCGGGGAAUCUUGUAUCUUCAUCAAGAUUCAAGACUGAGAAUCAUCCACAGGGACCUCAAGGCCAGCAAUGUUCUUCUUGACAACGAGAUGAUCCCCAAGAUUGCUGAUUUUGGCAUGGCUAGAAUCUUUGGGGUCAACCAAAUCGAAGGAAGCACCAAUCGGGUUGUCGGAACAUAGUGAGUAAUUAUUUCUCAGUCUCCACAAUACUCUCCAACCUUUUUUUUUUUCCAAUCAUAUAUAGAAAAACAUGUUGCGGAAAGUCACACGGCGCAGCGGAAAUACUAAUGGUCGUGUUCCCCUGACCUUGUGCGAACCUGUGAGGAAAAUACUUCGACGAUGGCAAGAUAUCAAAGUUGCGAUAACUAAAUGAGACACACAAUUUUUACGUGGAAAACCUCCUCGAUGUGAGAAGGAAAAACCACGAGACCGUAGUCCACUCAAAAAAUCCACUAUAUAAAUGGUAUGUGUACAACCACGUCCUCCUUGUUCAACAGCCUGAACAGAAUAGAGAAUCUAGCUACAAAGAGCUAUCUCCAACACAAACAACAACAACAAGAGAGCAACACAAAGCUUCAAAACCGGCAGCAACCAAACGACCUCAGCUCACAAAGAUUCCGGCUUACAGAAACUAGUCCAACCGUACAAAUCCAAGAUAAACAAGUCGACAAUACCUCUGCCAAAUUUCAGCUCAAUAAGAGAAGAUCUCACCGUUGGAUUUACCAACAACCAAGACUGCUCUGCUGAAGAACUAUGGCGACCAGCUUCAAGAAAACCCAGACAA